AUGUCGCAGGUGGACGAUAUCCCGCAGCCCGAGGCAUCCUCUCAGACCUCCGUGGCAUCGUCCAUGGCGGUGCCGACGUCUGAUAGUGCUCGACAAAGGCGCAAAAUCGCUGAAUUGGAGGAGAAACUGCAAGUGUUUGAGUCGGGGCAUGCGGUGAAACAAAGGGAAACAAACUACUUCAUGUCUCAAGGACGAGCUAUCAGGCGCAUCGUUGCUCUAUUUGAUAGCAUCGAAGACAUGAUAGCCGAGAACGAUAGGCGGUGCGAUCUCGAGAGUGAUGACGACAAUAUAACUCUUGUUCAGGAUCGUCUACAAUUCGGUUAUAUAAUCCUCAACAAUACCCUUCCGUGGUUUCACAGAAAGGUUUCUGACAUGGAAUACAAUGACUAUAUGCACAUGUUAAAGAAGCUUAGACACGGGGCCGACAGUGCUCGAGGGGAUGAUACCUCGAAGCUUAAGACCCUUAUCCCAGAUUGGGUCAAUCGUGAGUGGAGGCCCGAUCCCCCCGUCGACCUCGAAGACAAACACUGCCGUGGAUUUGCCCACGACACGUGCGGUAGAUUGCUCUGUCCAACCGAGCUAGACUGGAAUGAUCCAACCGUCAGAGCAGGAAUCCGACCCUAUAGGGGAAGUGAGUGCAGCAAGGAUCUAGAAGUGUGCGCUUAA